GCUUGCUAUAAAUGCGCACGUCAAACGGAACCCCCUGGCAAGUUCGCGGACAUCCUAAUUCCUAGACACCUCCCGGCGAUGUACUCCUGCGACGGCCGAGACCGCUCGGCCACGGCGGCGCGUAUCAUGGAGUCCAGCGCCAAGUACCAGCCAUGCAACACGGCGGCGACGCGGACGGCCGGCGGCCAGGUCCCCGCGGACGCGCAGCAGCAGCAGCCGUCGCCGCGGCGCGCCAGGAGGAAGCACUCGGCGUCGGCGUCGCGCCGGUCGUCAACCACCGUGGUGGCCACCGACGUGUCCAACUUCCGCGCCAUGGUGCAGGAGCUCACCGGCUUCCCGCCGGCCGCCAUCUUCAGGCCACUGCCGCGCCGGGCCCACGCCGCCGGCCGCUCCCUGGCCGCCGCCGCCGCGCAUGGGUGCGGCGGUGCGCUGCAGGGCCACCGUUCGGACGCGGCAACUGUCGCCGGCAGCGUCCCGGCAGUGGUGCAGCCGCUGGCGCACCCGCCGCAGUGCGCGCCGCCGGGCGUGUUUGACGGGCUGCCCGACCUCGGGUCGCCGGAGUUCGACACGUGGCCCGACUUGUCCUUCGAAUGACAAUACAGCAGUCCUGGUCGGUAGAUUGUUAUAAUCAAGGGUGACUUGGUAAUUUCCUCCUGCCCAUGCUUAUGUUUGCGUUUGGCAAGUCCUUUUCAAAAAACAAAAGGACGUCAUUUGUACAGCACACAAGUUUAUACAUGGCUAAAGUAAUGAAGGGCUUAGCUUUUUCAUCUGAAGAAAUACAUUCCGGAUUUUUGCUAUAUCUGACAAACAUCAAGGAAUACAUUCCGUAGUAUCCAAAGACUUUCAACCCCAUCUUCUUAGCCCACCGACAUGAACAACUCCGUCUACCUCAUCACCAGAGAAAUUGUAGUCAGAAAGAAGCGGUUGCAAAGACCGAAUCAAAAUCCUAGAAACAACACACACCAUUAUGGGCUACAUGAGCCACAACAAAAU